CCUGGAACGGCACGAUGUUAGGGCACCUGGGUGUCGAUUUUCUGGUAUUAGGAUUAUGCCUUCAGCUGGCAACGGCCGCUAACAUAUUAGCCGUAUUCGCGUACAUCCUCCCCUCGCCCUUCUAUCUUGUGGCACCCUUAAUGAAGGCGCUUGUGCACCAAGGCCAUCAGGUAACUAUCAUUUCUUGUGGCAAUCACUUGGCUGACAUUGAUGGUGCACAUCACAUUCGCGUCAGGAUGCUGGAUCAUCUAUCGGAGGAUAUGUUUAACGAUGAUUGUGACUGGCAAACUCCCUUUACGAAGUGGCAGGAGGCGUCGAUAAUAGCGAAAUACUACUACAACUCCUCCAGCUAUAUACUGUCUGAUACGGGUGUUCAAGCAUUGCUCCAUGAUGGAAAUGCCCAGUUUGACAUGGUCAUCGUGCAGGCAUCGCAGACCGAUGCACUCUACGGAUUUGCACAGCACUUUAAUGCAUCCCUUGUGGGUCUUUCGGCGUAUGCCACCGCUUGGAAUAUCGACUUUCUAGCAGGCAAUACGGCUCCCAGUAUUUACGAGCCCAUGCUACCAGUUGGCUAUUCAAAUGGUUUUGGACUGUUGGAUAAGUUGAAGAAUUGGAUUUAUAUCACCGAGGAAUGGCUGGUGGAGCGUUUUAUUUAUGUGCCCCCUCAAGUGCAGCUAUAUAAGCAUUACUUCAACCAAUCUGCUGAGAGUCUGUAUAAAAUCCGGCAUAGCUUCUCGCUGAUGCUAAUCAAUCAGCACUUCAGCCUAGGCCGCGCCAGAUCGAAUGUGCCAAAUGUGAUCGAGGUGGCGGGCAUGCAUCUAGACGAACCCAGCAAACCACUCGACGCCGAACUGCAGCGUUUUGUGGACGAGGCGGAGCAUGGCGUCAUUCUCUUCUCGCUGGGAACUGAUAUCGAUACCAAAUGGCUACCCGUGGGCCUGACAGACUUGAUGCAGCGCAUCUUUGCACACUUGACACAGCGCAUCGUUUGGAAAUCUGAUCAAACUUUGCGGCAUAAGUCAGACAACAUUUACAUUAGUCCAAUGCUGCCGCAGCGGGAACUACUGGCCCAUGCCAAGGUGAAGCUGUUCAUCACCCAUUGCGGUACUCUGAGCACAAUCGAAGGCGCCUUUCAUGGUGUGCCCAUGCUCUGCCUGCCCCUGUACUACGAUCACUUCAGCAUUGCGGAACGCAUGAAGCUUGCGGGUGUAUCACAAACACUACACUAUGCCUCAAUGACCUUUGAGUCGACAAUCGAGGUCAUCCAGGAGCUGAUUGAGAAUCCAAUCUAUACGCUCAAUGCCCAGCAGAUGUCUAAUCGUCUGAGGGAUCAGCCAAUGAGUCCGUUGCAAACGGCCGUCUGGUGGACAGAGUAUGUGCUGCGACACAAGGGGGCGCCACAUAUGCGCAUCUCUAAGCAGGACAUGGCGCUCAUGCAGUACUACAACCUGGACUUUGUAACGAUGCUUUUUGGUCGCAUCGGACUGGCCAUAUUGAUUUUGAGCUGUGUAGUUUUCAAGUUGGUCAGCUACUUUUUGGACCCCUUAAAUUUGCGUCUUACUGUGCCAGUUCUCUUGUAAACUUUGCUUAUCAAUAACAAAGAUAAGGGAAAGAGAUAGAGAGAAUGGCCACAGCAAAUAAUAACAGAUACAGCUUCGAUAAGCAAUUCGACGGCGUAGAUAUUCAAAUAACAUAACUAUUUAGCGAUGCGUGUUGAAGUCAAAUACAAUUUAACAAAUACAGAAUUUUACUCUGCCAAAACAAGUAUGCGACUCCGACUUACACUGAUACCAAUCACCUGAUAACCGGAGGCAAAGAACAGGGUAGGCGUAGCCAAGAAAUUCGUUGUUUUUACCUAUUUCUGAAGGUUAUUUUUUAUUUACCUUCCAAUUUGGAUAGCUGUAGCCCUUAAAUUAUGAGAGAUAUAGACUUUUCCGAUUUUUAGGGGCGGAAGUGGUUUUGGAAGAGACAUUUUCUUACCAAUCCUUGGACGAGAUUCCCAGUAAUCUGCAUUCAAAUUUUGGUAACUUUAGCUUAAAAUUUGCGCGGGAUUUAGAAUUUGGCGGUUAGGGACGUGAUCCCACGGUUGAAGGGUGUUACUAG